UGUCUAUGAUUAUUAAUUAUUCUAUCAGCAUUUCAAUGAGCUGGAUUCAGUGUGUAAAACGUAGAAAGAAGCAGAAAACCCGUAUCCAUUAUUGAGAAACCCAUUAUCCAGAAAGACUCCAUUUUAUUUAAAACGUGUAUAUGAAAUUUGGUGGCUUGUCAGACUUCUAUACAUUCUAACUAAGAUGAUACAUUUGUUAAUCUAUGUUAUUUCUUUACAAUAAGUGUUUUAAAUAAAUACCCAGCCCCUUCUAAGAACUGAGGGCUAUCUGUGGAUGGGAAGGAGUUGUAGUUCAGCGACAACUGGAUGUUUGCCAAUUGCUCAUCGCUUAUUCUCCCUCCCCCAGUGUUCUGAAGAGGUGAGAGGAGGGGAGGUAUGUGUGCAGUCUCACAUAUGGUAGAAGAGCCAAAGUAGACAAAGAGGGAGCUGUUCCUGCUCUCACGUGUCCUCUAAUAAAACACACAUGGUUGCUGCAUCCCCUGCUUUAGUUGUAUCCUUUUCCUCUUCUAGUCUUUUAUGACACAUAUGCUGUUCCUCAGAUCUAUAAAUUAGUUCUAUUUCUUCCCCCUCUCGCUUUGUCUUCUCUGGUCUAUUUGAUCUCCCAGAUUCCAGUAUUUAUGUACUAAGGGAUUGAUAAGUAUUUUACAGUAUCUUGCCAUAUUAACUGUCUCCCAAGCCUGCCCAUUCCUUGAAGCACUUUAGGUCACCAUCACUAUAUUAUUAAGGCUAUUUUCAUCACUGUGUAGAAUAUGGAUUGGGGAUUGGCUGAUAGAAGUUAUGGCUGGAUUUGUGUUUCUGCUGCUGUCACUUUCCUGUUACUCAGCAACUGGUUCUGUUACCAGCAGAAAUCUUUGAUUUUCCCAAAGUUUCAGAAUGAAGUUGUGGAAUGCGGCACAAACUGUUCCUUUAGAAGCAGCAUACUAACUAGAAGAAAAAGAUAUACCAUUAAUCCUUUGGGGUACAAGUGGGACCAUUUAAAUCUGACCUACAAGAUUGUUCAAUUUCCCAACACCCUGAAUAAAGAUGAUACAGAGAGAGCACUGGCCCUUGCCUUCCGCAUGUGGAGUAAGGUUUCCUCCCUCACAUUUCAGCGUGUACAAUCACACCAGGUCUCUGACCUAAGAAUAGGAUUUUACACCUUUAAUCACAGUGAUUGUUGGGGGUCCCCACUCCACCCCUGCUUUGAUGGCUUAAAUGGGGAAUUAGCUCAUGCUUUUUUGCCACCACGAGGGGAAAUUCAUUUUGACAACCAUGAGUUCUGGGUCCUUGGACCUUCACGCUUCAGUUGGAAACAAGGUGUGUGGUACAAUGAUCUUGUCCAAGUUGCGGCACAUGAGAUUGGUCAUGCACUUGGGUUGUGGCAUUCUAGUAACGUAACCGCUCUCAUGCAUCCCAACGCUACCUACACCAGGAUACGUCAUGUCACGAAAGAUGAUAUCAUGGCCAUACAGAGCCUCUAUGGAUGUCCUUCUUCAGGCUCUAGAUGUUAUUCCCUUGAGCCUUCGGGGUCCUGUGGGAAGCAGUGUCAUCUGAAAUGUGACAGUUGCAAAGAGUCUCUUGACCAAAGACCAAAACAAUAUAGGAUUAAAAUAAAGAAUCGUUAUGUUUCCCAGGGUCGACCUGUUACCUUUCAUUGCUCCCAUAAAGUCUCCCAAGCAUCCAAGAGGGUAAGGUCAAUGCAGAGGUCCCCAGCCCCCAACCCACCACAUACCCUCACGUCACUUAGUGACAUGACUUUCCACAGGUAAGACUAACCAGAAUGCCAGCAAGGAGUAUGUACACUGGGAGAAGAUCAUGGUUUGGCUUCCAGUGCAUGCCUGCUUGCCAAACAUGGUGCUCUCCAAGUACACAGAGGCCCAAACAUCCUCCCAACAGCCCAUUAAAUAGUCUACUGCAGUGGUCUCCUACCCCUUGGAUGCUGCUCACAGUGACCUCAAAGCAGGUGCUUUUUCUUGAAUUCCUGGCUUGGAGGCAAGUUUUGGUUGCACAAAAAAUAGGUGUACUGACAAACACAACCUCUUGUAGGCUUCCAGUCUACACCGGGGCUACCAAAUAGCCAAUUAAAGGUCUUAUUUAGCACCCCUAGGAUCAUUUUACAUGAUUAAUCAAGGGAAGGUGGCCAGGGUUCCUCUGCACUGGACUAAACUGUGAAAAAGUAAUGGGAAUUUGCUUUCCCUUCUAAUUACAAUCUAAAUAAAAUUGUUUAUUUCUUACUUAAACUGUAAUUAAAUGUUAAGAUCAGUUGAACUGUACCUAGUAAAGGGAUUAGAAAAUUAACUCUAAUUGUAGAAUAAAGAGAUUUUGGGCAUAUUUUGUGUGUAAGACUUUAUCUGACCAGCAGAUAACAUAAUCACAUAAUAUCAUGAGAUUUUGUGGGAUGUUACAAAAUGUUAUGUAAGAUCUAAUUAGUUUAUGUUUUUAUUAAUAAUUUAGCUUCUUGUUCAACAGCUCUCCAGUUUAGAGCUUCAGGGUCCAAUUUACCAUAAAAACCAGGCACUGGUUAGAAUGAGGGACUGAAUUAUGAACAGGUGAGGGUCUAAAAAGAAAGCUAAGUAAUAGAUAAUAAAAAAAUAGCAAUACAAUUGUAGCUUUACAGAGUAAUAGGUUUUUGGCUGACAAGAUUGGGAUUCUCACUGUAUCCUGAACCUGCAGUACAUAUUAGGACUCAGAAAUUGUUGCAGCAUGCGUUUCACUUUAUUUUAUAGAUUAGGUUGCCCUGUUAUAUGUAAUAUAAAAAGUAUGGUAUAGUUUAGCAAAAUGUAAAAUUAAUUUACUGUUCCUUAUUCUAACGUGAUCCUUUUUAUUUUCCUAUGAAUCAUUGUUCAUU